AUGGGUAUCCCAAUAGCAGUCCGACUACAGGCCUACCUUGACCCUCUCGUUCUCCUCGGCAUCUCAAUAGGCUAUCUCCCCAUCACCCUACUCUCGCACCCUCUCUUGUUCCUCACGUCCCCGCAGUCGUUCCGGUCCAAAUGGUUCGAGAGCUUCUGGCGGGUCAUCGGGCCCAAGAUGGCCGCGUCCGAGAUCCAGGUCGACCACAUCGAAGAGAUCCUGUCGCGGGCCCGCGGCACCGUUCUCGAACUCGGGCCCGGCGCCGGCGACCAGAUGUACCACUACAAGCCGGACCAGAUCGACACGCUGUACGGCGCGGAGCCCAACGUCUUCCUCCACGCCAAGCUGGCCGAGGUGGCCGAGGAGAAACUGGGCGGCGGCGGCGGCGGUGGGAAGACAAAGUUCGUCGCCCUGGAAGCGGGCGCCCAACCGAGCAGUCUCGUCCCCGCGCUGAAGAAAGCAAAUCUCAUCGACCCCGGCGCCGGCGACGGCGACGGCAUCGCCGUGUUUGACACCAUCGUCGCCGUCAAGUCGUUGUGUUCGGCGCCGCAGGCGGACCUGCCCGCCACGCUGGCUCUGGUGCAAGCUCUCCUCCGGCCUGGCGGGGAGUUUCUGUUUUUCGAACACGUCGAGAACGACACCGACUCCGUCACCAUGUCUUUCGCCUGGUGCGUAGACUGGAUAUGGCCGGUGUUCAUGGGCGGGUGCAGGUUGAAAGGCAAGGUCGACAAGAUCGUGCUGGGCAUGGGUGGAUGGGAAGAGAGAAACGUCACCACGAUUGGCGAUUUCAAGGGGUACGAGGUAUGUUUUUGA